GGGCCCUCGGCUUGAUGCCUUCCUGCUGACUCGAGGCACAUGACCCAGCUUGUUUACACCUGCGACGAGCAGCGGGUACGCAGAGGACCCGUCAGUGUACUGCUGGACGACACCGCUUACGCCGAGCGACAACCUAACGCUGGGAAAGGGUUACCUUCUCUAAGGUCCUGUGAUCUUCCCAAGCCGUCUGUCCUAAGAGGCCAGUCCAUCCUCAGCCAUCCAUCUUUUCUCUCAGACACCAUGGACGAGACAGAUGUGGAACAGGUGACGCUGGCUCUACUGGACGGAGCCAACGACAAAGACGCAGAGGUCCAGGAGCAGGUGAGGAAGUCUGUCCUGACCUUGGGGAAGCAACAGCCGGACAGAGUGUUGGCCAUGUGCCAGGACUAUCUGCUGAAACACCCCAAGCUGGUGGUGAGUCACCGCGUGGUGAUCCUGCAGACCAUCGAGCUCAUCGCUGCCGACAGGCUAGAGGACAUCGGCUACCCCAGGAUAAAGAGCAUCAUCUCCCUGGCCUCCGACGAGAUGACCCGCUCCAAGGAAGUAACCCCUGACUGGCAGCAGGCAGCUAGUAAUAUCCUGGUUGCCGUGGGCAACAAGUACAUCAAUGACAUCAUGGAGGAGAUCCUGACCAAGUUUCAGCCAGGGAUCUUACCACAUUUCUUUGUGGUUCAGACACUAGCGAACCUCUCAGAUUCUAAUGUGUAUGGGAUGGUGCCCUUUCUCAAUGCCAUCCUUGGAACCAUGUUGCCGAUGCUUAGCAUGGCCAGGCAGGACAACAUGAAGUGGGUCUUCUCUUCAGCCCUGUCUCAUUUUAGCGACAGCAUCCUGGAGUACCUGGCCAACCUAGACAAGGCCCCGGACCCCACGGUCAGGAAGGACACCUUCUCCAGUGAGAUCUACGCCGCCUAUGAUAUCCUCUUCAACGGCUGGCUCCAGAGCCGGGAGUCCAAGCUCAGGCUGACGGUGGCCGAGGCCGUGGGCCCCAUGAGCCACCUCAUGGCCAGUGACAAACUGGAGGAGCAGAUUCCCCGGCUCCUCCCGGCUCUGCUGUCCAUGUACAAGAAGAACAACGAGCAUUUCAUCAUCAGCAAGAGUCUGUGCCAGGUGAUUGAUGCCUCUGUCAACAUGGGCAGCCGAGUGUUGGAGACACAACUGGAUAGUCUCCUGUCUGCCCUGCACCAUCAAGUGUGCAGUCCUGUGGACUACAGUAACCCCCCCACCGUCAAGAACCACAACGAGGUGCUGCGCUGCUUCAGCCUGCUAGCCAACGCUUUCCCAGACAAGCUGGUGCUCUCGGUUCUACAGAAGCUGGAGAAUAACAACGAGAGGAAUAGAAUGGGUUCCCUGGCUGUCCUACGACACCUCAUCAACUCCAGCACUGCCAUGAUGGAAACUAAGAAGCUUCUCAUCCUGGCCAGCAUUAGACAACCAAUGGCCGACCACAGCAAUAAGGUGAAGAGGCGAGUGGUGCAGGUCAUCAGUGCCAUGGCCCACCAUGGAUACCUGGAGCUGGAGGGCGGAGAGCUUCUGGUGCGCUUCAUCGUGCAGCACUGCGCGCUGCCGGACACGUACCAGCGUGGCCCAAAGCCCACUGAUCCAGAAGAGGUGUCUAACGAGGCGUUGAGGAGCAUGUGUGACGAUACCCUCCACCUGCUGACCACCACGGUCAGCCGACUAGCUGACGUGCUGUGGCCCAUGCUGCUGUACUACCUGACCCCGCCUCAGUUCAGCAACGCAACCACCCCUCUGUGUCGGAGUCUGAUCGUACUGGGCAGCAAGAAGCGGAGCAACAAGGAGGCCACCUUCAACAUAGACUUCACACAGCAAGCUAACUUACCAUCGCCGCAGACUCUGAUGAUCAGGCUGUGGGUGAAUGCGGCGUUCCCGUUCGGCAGCCGGGGCCACGGCGCUCCGUCUCUCUCCCUGCUCAACGUCCUCAGCCUCAACAUCCACCCCGACCUGGACGUGCUGUGGGAGAAGGAGAUCCCCCCGCUGGUGGCUCUCCUGGAGGAAUCAACUGUGGAUAGCCUGGAACAGAAACCAUUUGAAGACAAACUGCUCAAGCUGCUGUCUAAAACCCUGGUGACGAUAGACGACAGCAAGUGGGUGUGUCAGCUGGUUGCCGAGGCAACGCGCUACCUCUCCACCUAUAACAAUGCUUUAGAGGAGAAGAGCUUCCUCUACCGCUGUGUCGGAGUCAUGCUGCAGGAGUGCCACAACAAGGAGGUGGUGAAGAAACAGCUGCAGGAGAUCCUCCUGACCGCCCGGCACAGCGACGCCAUCGAGAGAGAGGGCGUGGCCUUGAGCGUGGGCCUGUGUGCCCACAGCCACCUGGAGGGCACGCUGGCCAAGCUGGAGGAGUUUGGCAAGUCGGACGCCUUCAAGAAGUCCCCCAGCAUCUUCAACCUGCUCAAGGACCGUAGUGACCUGGAGGCAGACAAGGUGAAGAGCACCCUGAUCCUGUGCUACGGCCAGGUGGCCCUCAACGCACCGCCAGAGCAGAUCCUCAAGCGCAUCGACCACGACAUCCUGCGCCUCAUCAGCAAGCACUUCAACACCAAGGUUCUUGGGAUUAAAGUAGAGAACAAGGACCUGACCAUGAAGCUCAGUUUGAUCCAGAGUGUUGGACUGAUAGCCAGAGCCAUCAGUGAGUGUGUGAAGAGGCAAGGCUACGUCUUCACCCGCAAACACGACCUUAUUUCUGUCAUGAUGGACUUUAUCAAGGCAGAGCCAGCCGACGCCAUGAAGACGCCAGUACGCCAUCUAGUGAUGUCCACCUGCGCCAACCUCAUACCCCUGGACCCCCCGCUGAGUGAGACCGAGGGCUUUGACCUGCUGAAGGUGUGUGUGGGCAGCGCCUUCGCCCUGCCCCCCGUCACACACACCCCCGAGAAGACCAAGGACGAGGAGGUCAUGGAACCCAAGCAGAGAGAGGCGUUAUACAGGGACACCAUGGCCAGCCUGCAGGAGCUGCUAAAGAGUGUCUUGGUGAAAGAGCCCUCACCUGACAACCUGCAGAGUGUCUUCAAGCACAUUGAGUCCUGGCUGAGCUCAGCCCAAGACCACGAGAGAGAGAGAGCUGUCUGCACCACCGCGCACAUACUGGACUUCUACCUUGAGAAACUCACUGUGAAGAACAUGGUGUCCUUCCACAACCUGGGGGCCCUGCUGGGCAGGCUGGCCCCCCGCUGUUCGGACCCCCACCCCGCCGUGCGCCUCGCCGCCAUCAGCGCCGUGCACACGAUGCUCAACAUACAGCUGCGCUACGAAGGCUUUGCCCACGACUACCGGGACGAGUCAGUAGAGAGUCUGCUGCUUAUGAGAUGUGUUCUGGAGAACCCGGACAACGCUGUCCUAUACAAGACCUGCUCUGAGCUCACCAAGGUGAUAAGCAAGCGGCUCCCCCAGCAGCAGCUGUCCACGCUGGUGUUCAUGCUGUUCGAGGGCCUGGUUGACAGCCAGACCAACUGCUGCAGGGCCUCUUCCGUCAUACUCAACACGCUGCUGAAGAACAGGGGGGCCGGCCUACAGGACCUGGUACCAGAGAUGCUGGAGGUGCUCCACCUACGACUGCAGAGCAUCACAGAGGAGCAGGUGAGAGUGGCGGUGGGACAGACCGUUCUGAUCCUGGCCACUCAGCAUCUACAGGCGGUCUUCAACACCCUGGUCAUCCAGCCGCUUCCUUUCGACAGCUGGAACAGCGAGAUGUGGAUGGCGCUGGGAUCGGACCCCAUCAUCGCCGGGCAGAUCAUGGAGAUGGCCAUGGAGAAGCUGGUUGUCAUGGCGCCCUACAUCGACCGGAAGGAUCCCAUGACGAGAGGAGGCCUCGCCAAGGUGGCCACCGGCCAGCCCUUAGCUAUGACGUGCGGGCUGAAGGAGCUGCUGCUGAACGGCCAGAGCCAGGAGCCGGCCGUGGCCAUGUUCCCGCGGCUCUUCUCCUGCCUGGUGGUGCGCCUGGGGGCCAGCGUGGGCGUGGUGGCCCCCCGCGACAACAACAACUACAGCAAGAACGCCCGCAACCAGUUCCACGUGGCCGGGGCAGCGGUGGAGGCUCUGCGGAUCCUUCUGGCCCGCGCCCUGCUGGACGACGUGGGGAAGCGUCUGGACCUGGACCACGCCUGGGAGGCCAUGAAGGAGCCCAACACACACACAGCCGGGAUCACGCUGCUGGCCAGGGCGAUGGCCAGGCACGCGGGGCCUCGGCUACCCUCCAUCGUGGAGUGCCUCUGUCCCAGCCUCAACAACAUCUACGAGUGCCAGCGCAUCACCGUCACCGCCUUCUUCUCUGAGCUCCUGAACCACCACGUGGUGACGGAGCUGCUGCUGAUGGACGUGCUGAUGAACAACAUGAUGGAGAGGAUCUCCGACCCCUGCUGCACCGUCCGCAUGCUUGCCGUCCGCGGGCUGGGCAACAUCGCCACAGGCUCGCCCGAAAAGGUUAAUAAAUACGCCAAGGAGCUGUUGGCAGCUAUGAGCUCGGGGAUGGAAGAGAAGGAGGACCCAGGUAAACGGAUCACACUGGAGGCCAUGUCAGGCCUCUCUAAAGUCCUGCUCCACCUGGACAAGAAGAACGUCCAUCUGCUGGUGGUCUACAUCUUCAUGAAGAUCAAGCCUUUCCUGGAGAGCGAGAACGAUGAGAUCCGCUGUGCUUCCAUCCUCCUGCUGGGUAACCUGUCCCAGUUCGGCUCCGGGGAGGCAGUGUUCAAAGACCAGAUCCACAAUGUCCUGGUCAGCCUGCUGCUGCAUCUGGUGGACCCCAACCCGCAUGUCGUCAAGGCAUGCAAGAAUGCGAUGCGCACGUGUGCUCCGGUGGUGGGCUCGGAGCAGAUCACGGUGAUGUUCCAGAAUCAUCUGCACGAGGACAAGAGCCUUCACUACGGAGAGUUCAUCAAUGACCUCACCAAGUACCUGAUUCAGGACUUCCCCGGCAUGCUGAACUUCUACCACAUCUCCGUCAUGCAGUUCUUCAAGAGCCACUGGGCUGAGGUGCGGGCGGGCGCGGCCAUGUUCAUAGGGUUUCUGCUGGGAAACCUUACUGAAGACCUUUUCUCACACAUCAACAUGAGCACUGUCACCAAAGGUCUGGUGAUGCUCCUCCAGGACCCGGACGCUGCGGUCAGGAUGAAGGCAGCGGAAGCCAUGGGCCGCUUCCACUGAAACACACACACACACACACACACACACACACUCACACUCACACUCACACACACUGUGUAGCCAUUCCAAGCUUUAGCCUCGUUAGUUUGGUAAGCUAAGACGAGUUAGCCGAUGUGAAGUGAUGACUGGUACUUGAAAGAGACUUCUUAAGUCUUCGCUGAAUGUGACCAAAGACUUGGUAUGGAAGGACCUUCCAUCUAUGUAGCAUGCACUAAGGACAUACCCAACCUGUUCUUACCAUGGAAACACGUGAUUAUGCUCUGCUGCAUUCAUAAACGUGAAAAGAUAAUUACGAUAAUUAUUAAGUGUUAACUAACAAUAAUAUAUGAAACGUUAGGCACAGAAAAUACAAUGUGGUCUCAAUGCUUCUGAUUGGUUGUAACUGGUAUUAGCAGAGUGGUGACAUCCCGUACAUUUAUUUAAGCCGAUGAAAGACUUCUUCCUUAGGCUGUGGUUGGGAACUUUAAAUCUAAAGCGUGAUAUCUUUGUCCUAUAAAGUUAUCUAAUAAUCGGGCCAUCUCGGUCACGGGAGAAUGACUGCUAGAGUUUCUGUUUUGGUUAAUUAAUCGAGGAAUUUUAUUGAUUUAGAUGUAGCAGGUAUUCUGACCGGUCUCAGAGUAUUUUCUAAUCUAGUUUUGCUCCAAUUGAACUCUGAGACGAAUCUGCAUCUUCCAUAGGUCCUACGAGAUAGUCGAGUGGAGAUUAUAAUUAUAUGAAUGCGACGCAAUAGUUUGCUGACCAGUAAUAGUGGAUUCUCUUUUGAUGUCUAUGCUGACACACACACACACACACGCACGCACGCACGCACGCACGCACACGCGCGCAUAUGCACACAAACACUACUAACAACAUAAGGUCUACUACCUUGUCCAACAUGAGAGCAAUAAGCAGUUAGUUUGCAACCCAUGCAGAACCUCUAGUCUCUAUGUAAACCGGCUACUUCAGACUGAACAUUAAUAUAUUCUACUAUACGUCCAAACAGUUCACCUGUUGUAUUCCAUCGCUGACAAAUCCAACCUUUAUGUCUGAGCCACGUGGCUGCUUGUUAUUUUCCGGUGGCAUCUGCUGAGCUUAAACGGAACGAUAUUAAUUUCAGAUGUCGGGCAACCCCUUUUUGCAGAUGUAAUGCAUGUCCAUCUGUUCCUAGGAUAAAACAAAAAACGAAAUGUCCUCCUUAUCUAGCCAGAGAAUGCAAGUAUUUAUUUUAAUCAACGUUGGAUUUCUGAGCCAUACUCCAAACGGAUGCCAAAAACCUCUCAAUAGCAUUACCAAAACACUGUGGCGCUCCCAUAGUCGUGAGUUUUCCCGUCCUGUUCAUGCCGAGAUUCAUUUCCAGUUUGUUUGUUUUUCUGUGGCGCCACCUGGCAUUAUCGUUCACAUAUAGUUCACAUAAAAAAGUUCCUUCGACACACCUUUCAUGUGAGGAAUAUAAAUAGAAUGUUUGUAGAACAACAAACGUAUAUCAAUCACUCGUCCUGUGCCAAAUGUUCAGUCCACUUUCUGGGUUCCUUUUCUAAGCUUUCUUUUUUUUCCCUUUUGUAUACAUACACAUACGUAUGUGCUGAUGUAUGUCAGAGUUGCACUGUGUGUAAGGAUGUACGAUGUUCUGUUCGUGCAUCCCUUAAAUAAUUGCACUAAAAUAGUGACUGAAACCUGCGUUUCAAUUAGGUAACACAGAAUACCCGAUGGCUUGUAAGGCAAUACUGCAGGUUUUCCUGUCUGAAUCGUGGUUUGUGUUUAUAAGGCUCAUGGCUUCAUGUGCAGUUUGUAUUUUUAUUUCACUACUAAUUAGUGCUUAUCCUUUUGCUGUUCUGACAUGAAUGGGGCACACAUAUAACAGUAAUAUUUUUUUAAGGCACACCUUGUGAAGAGUUUUUAAUCAUCUCAAUUUAACAUUAACAACGAUACGUUUUUGGUAGAUAAAGCACACCUGUGCAGGUGAAAGUAGAGUAGUGGCCACUGGCAAAUUAGAUAAUUCGCAGGUGUAAUCUUGAAUUGGUAAUUGUGCCCAAUGAGGUCCUUCAUUAUAGAUGGAUUCAUGUAUUUUAAUACUUUUCAAACGUGACAUCAUCUCUCCAUUCACUUUGUGUCCAUUUGGAAAACUCAACUUUGUACCUUAAUUAUUAUGACAAAACUUUGUUUUAGUUUUAACAUUGUCAUUGGCAUACACAGGAUUGAAUUCUAAGACGUUUCAAAGUGUGAAUGUAUACAUGUGUAGCUGUUGUUUUUCUAUGUACAUGAGUGCUGUUGGGAGGAGUGAUGUUGGUAAAUUAAUUGUAAAACAAAUAAAGAAUUAUACGGCACCAACUGUAUUGAGUCAACUUUGUUCUACCACAGUUUCUUAUUUAGAUUUUGUAAUCAUUUAAUUUACUCAUGAGAUUAUUCUUGGAUUAUUUGCACAGGUUCUAUGAUGAUUUAAAUGUUUUGUUUAUCUCUUCACGGACAAACAAGGUUUUAUCGUUGCAGCAAGAAAAUCUGGUGAUAUAAUGGAAAGUGUUCCCAGUGCAGAGUCAUAAAGAACUCGGUUAGGGUUAGAUAGGGAGAACUGUCUUUAGCUUUCCUACUCACUGUUCCCCAUACACCUGUCCUCAUCAGGACUGGGAUGUCAUCACCGUGAGGAGCUCUGAUUGGUCUAUUCUGAACAAUUAAUCUGACCUCAAACCAAACCUCAAUAGAAUAGUGUUUAAGACGAUUGGAGAAUCAUGUGUUGGGUCUCGGUGGUAAGAACAGUUUUAGAAGUUUUUAUGGUAAAGAAGCAGAACUUUAAAGACCAUUUUUCACAAUAAACAAGUAGUGAGGAAUACACAGACGGACACUUUAACUGUUUAUUCAACAUGAUCUUUUACAUUUCAUUUCAUGUUUUUGAGUAGAGUUUGUUUAUUAUUUCAUAUUAUUUCGCGUUUAUUUUUCACCCAAAUGAUG